CCUAUUCCCUUGCCCCCUCCCCUCGCACGCAUCAUCUGGCUGUUUGUGUAUGUGGAAUGCGGGUCAAGCAGAACUCCGAGCCCGAACUACACUUCACCUUCGAGAACAACGGCGACUUUCAGCGUCCCGGCGUGCACCCGUCAAGCCGGAACUCCUCAGACGCGCCGCCAUGAAGAGAAGUCGGCACCCCAGCAGCAGCGACGACUCUGACAAUGCCAGCAAUUCCACCUGCUGGUCUCAGCAUUCGUCUCAGGCCAGAAGAGGAAGCAGCCAAAAACCUUCAGAGGUCUUCAGGACGGACCUGAUUACGGCCAUGAAGGUCCAUGACUCGCACCAGCUCAACCCGGAGGACUACUACGUCCUGGCCGACCCGUGGCGCCAGGAGUGGGAGAAGGGCGUCCAGGUGCCCGUCAGCCCGCGGUCUAUCCCGCAGCCCGUCGCCCGGCCACUGGCCCCCAAGAGCGCCGAGCUCAACUUUGUCCGGCCUAAGAAGCUGAUCCGCACCUCGGCUGCCCAGGUGCCGGGCUACGCCGACAUCCGCACUCUGGCCGAGGGCACCUGUCGCUAUGACCUCAACGAGCAAGACUCCGCCUGGCUGCGGCUUGCCAACCGCGAGUUUGCCAACCUGGCCCUCCCGCUGCUGGAUGAGUUUGCCAUGGAGCGCGCCCUGGAGGAGUUUGAGCGCAGUUGCCACGACAACAUGACGCACGCCACCGAGACGCAGGAGGGGCUUGGCAUCGAGUACGACGAGGAUGUGGUGUGCGACGUAUGCCAGUCGCCCGAUGGCGAGGACAACAACGAAAUGGUGUUCUGCGACAAGUGCAACAUCUGCGUUCAUCAGGCGUGCUACGGCAUCCAGAAGGUCCCUAAGGGCAGCUGGCUGUGUCGGAUCUGCGCCCUGGGCAUCGUGCCAAAGUGUCAGCUCUGCCCGAAGAAGGGUGGCGCCAUGAAGCCCACCCGCAGCGGAACCAAGUGGGUCCACGUCAGCUGCGCCUUGUGGAUCCCGGAGGUGAGCAUCGGGAACCCGGAGAAGAUGGAACCCAUCACCAACGUGUCGCACAUUCCUAGCAACAGGUGGGCGCUCAGCUGCUGCCUCUGCAAAGACAAAACGGGAGCCUGCAUCCAGUGCUCUGCCAAAAACUGCCGCAUUGCCUUCCACGUGACGUGCGGCCUCCACGCUGCUCUAGAGAUGACUACCAUCCUCACCCAGGACGACGAAGUCAAGUUCAAGUCCUUCUGUCCCAAGCAUUCGGGCCUGGAGGGCAACGACUUCAGGGAGAGGGAAUCUGGCGCCGAAGGGGAGCCGGAGGAGGCUGUCGCGAGCAAGAAGGGCAAACGGCGGCGGAGGGUGAGAGGGGCCGAGGAAGAGGACCUCGCCCGCCCCUCUGCCUCCUCGCCGUCGUCUUUGUGUCUCGUCCGCCAACAUGACCCACAGGAUAAGCGCGUCAACCUCCGUAAGAUGAAGCUGCAAGAGAUGGAGGAGGUCUUCUACCAGUUUGUAGACGCCGAGGUGGUGGCUCGCCACCUCAAGAUGGCGCCCGAGACGGUGGACUUCCUCUACCAGUACUGGAAGCUGAAGCGCAAAGCCAACUUCAACCAGCCGCUGCUCACACCCAAAAAGGACGAGGAGGACAGCCUGGCCCGACGUGAGCAGGAGGUGCUGCUGAGACGCCUGCAGCUCUUCACGCAUCUCCGCCAAGAUCUGGAGAGGGUCCGCAACCUAACCUACAUGGUGACCCGGCGGGAGAAGAUGAAGCGGUCCUUGUGGCGAGUUCAGGAGCAGAUCUUCCAGCACCAAGUCCAGCUCAUAGACCAAGAGCUGCUCUCUGGAAAUUCAGCCGGCAACCUGCAACGACUUUUUUCUGAGGAGCACCUAAACUCUGGCGGGUGCCGCACUCGGACCUCUUGGAGCCACUCGGCACACAAGACCAAACGGGACAAGGGUAAAUCACGUGACAGGAAAGGACUCUCCGAAUCGCUGCCACUUUCCAAGGACGACCCCGACACCUCUGAGGCCAAAUCCAAAGAUUCUGAUGCAGAACCCCGACUCUCUAACACCCCGAACGAUGACCUCGUUCUUCGGCACGCAAAGUCCCCAAAGCAGGAGCCCACCUCUCAGGAAAGUAUCAGCGUGAAACUGCAUAGGAAAACCGUCCGUAGGGAAACCCCCGGGCCCGAGCGACGAAAAGAAAAACAACCAGAGCACGAGGACCGCAAGAGGAAGCGGUGGACUGAAGUUUCUGAGACUUCCACCGGAUCCCAGAAAGUCCGGUUGGGCUCUAAACAUCUGGAUAAAACCGUCUCCAUCCGGCUGGUGGACAUCAGGUCAUCAGACUCGGAGAAAAUCAGAAAAAACGCUGCAAAUGUGGAUGUCAUCAACCACACUAAGAUCAAAGAUGUGGAUGUGCCCUAUGUCUCCAACGGGUCCCUGAAAGGUUGGGGGAAGUUUCGGAUCCCCAAGCGGAACGACAAGAUGGAGCCGGAGCAGCGCAAAGAGUUGCUCCGGCCGCUCACCAACACGCCGGCGCCCGGGCCCCAGCACCCCCGGACCAGGCUCCGCACGGGGGCCGAGAACGAGGAUGCCAGCAGCCCCGAGGUGCUGGAGCCCUGCUUAAAGCGCUGCCACUCGCACCAGCUGAGGGGCGACGCCUCCCUCGGGCGGCGCUACGGCUCAAACAUAAUCCGGCGCGGCGUCCUCGCGUCCUGAUCCCAAAGAGGAAAAAGCAAAUAAUUGCUCCCUUUUUAUUUUUCUGGACAAAACCCACAAAAUGUCUGAGGAAAGCUGAUAUUUAUUUUUUACGUGUGACAAACUGGGAAAUUUUUUACUUUAUUUUGAGACAAACCCCCCCCCCCCCCCCUUUUCUUUUUUUUUUUGGUGUGUCUUGAAAGUUAAAAAAGUAGUGGGAAAUGUCCAUGGUGUUUCCAAAACCUUCUUGGAAUGUUAAGCUGGAGAAAUUUGGAAAUAUUCUAAAUUGGAAAAUUUCCAUGGGAAUUCAUUGUUUUGAGUCUAAAUUUCUGUUAAGGUGUUUCCAAAACCUUCUUGGAAUGUUAAUGUUAAGCUGGAGAAGUUUGGAAACAUUUCCAUGGGAAUUCAUUGUGUUUUGAGUCUAAAUUUCUGUUAACUCCCAUGGAAACGUUCCAUGGUUGCAAAAAGUUUGCAACCCUUGUGAAAGUGUUACCAAGUAUUUUGCACAAUGCAGGAAGCGACAGCGGCCUUUUUACAAUUGGCAUUUAAGAGGAGUUGACAGUGACGUUCGCCAAUAGCACGAGUGUCAUUGAACGAGCGCCUGCGCCACGUGCCUCACUUAUUUCAAGCGUUUGCACUACAGUGGGCUGGCCAGAGUUAUUUUUACACUGAAGAAGAAAAAAAAACCUUAAAUAUAUAUAUUUUCUAUCCUAGGCCGCUGCUGUACUACUGUUAUGCAAAAGGUUUAAUUAUUUUGACUGUCUUUAGUAUGAAAGACAAAUAAAAAUCUCUGGAGGAAUGUU